GAGCAGCGCACAAUGCGUGUGAUUCACACGGUUAUAACAAGGCCAUUGACUCCGCGGAGUCGGAGCAGAGAGCGCGCGGAGAGCGGAUGGGAAACAACGCGUCGCCUGCCGUUUACUUUAUUUUAUUUUAUUUGUGCCCGUCGGGGGUUUUUCUUUUUCUCUCCCCACCUUCGCAGCCGAGAAGGCGUGUCUGAGAAUCUAACGGACACUAUUGUCACACGGGGGGACUCUAAUUCCACAACAACACACAGCGCCUCGGCUGUUAGAAGCGUCGCAGGGCUGAGCGCUGAUCUCGGGUUCACCUCCUGCCUGGACGGCGCCGGGGGGUUUCUGGAAAGGCUCCGCCCUCUCCCGGUGAUGACAUCACUGCUGUUACCCGGCAACGCCCACGCCGCCAUGAAGGAUCUCUCCUCUUCCUCCUCCGCUCUCACCUCCCUGCUCCACUACCCGUCCUCCAAGACCUCCGUCGCGCCCUUCUCCCCGUCACCCGGCGCCUUGUCCUCGUCGCCCGCGGCCCCCGUCCCCACCGUGCCCCUCUCCAAACCUCAGCCCUUCGCGCUCCAGACGGGCCCCCACCUCAUCGCCAGCAUGCAGCUCCAGAAACUCAACUCCCACUACCAGAGUCUGGCCGGGGCCCCCGGGGGACACCAGGCGUCUGGAGGUGCGGUGCAAAGGGGCUUCGGCGGCUCCGCCCUCGGCGCGGGAGCCCAGAUCCUCGGGGUCCCCCCUGGAGGCAUCGGUGGCGGAGGGAUGGGCGUCAGCAUCGGCAUGGGAAACGGGGGUUCCGGCGGCGGGGGUCUCAUCGAUUUUGACCCAGUGGACGAGGAGGUUCUGAUGUCGCUGGUGGUGGAGUUGGGUCUGGACCGUGCCAACGAACUCCCGGAGCUCUGGCUGGGUCAGAACGAGUUCGACUUUAUGUCGGACGUGCCGGCUGGAUGCUGACCCCCCGCCCCUGACCCACCUCCCUCCUCAAAAAAAGAAAAUAAGAAAAAAAAGAAAGAAAAAGGAACACAAAACGUAAAACGAGAAAAUCCAAAUGUCGGCGGGUGGAGUGGAAUGGAUCCCUGAAGAGAUAAAAGACUCGCUCUUCCCACGUUUGGUUCUUCUCUUUCCUCCUCUGGCGCGGUUGAUAAAACCAAAGAAAGAAAGAAAAAAGAGAGAGAGAGACGCUACUUGAUAAAGAACCGUCGCAAGGACGUUGACGAUGUACUCUUUAUUUUUAUUUUUUGUUUAAACGAUCUGCUCGGUCAGAAGAUGCUAAUGCUAGCGUCGCUGAUGGAUUGAUUAAAGAGAAAACUUGCCUUUUGACUUUUUUUCUGUCUUAUCAUCACUUGGAUGGGUAUCUGC